AAUUCCUCCCUGGGAAGAGUUGAAAGCAUCCCUGCCCCAUCCUGGAGGCUGCCAGCCCUCCCUGGCACUGCCCCCCCGGCCAGGCUGUGCCGACCCUGGGAGCAUCAAGGUCAACAAUGACCUGGUUUAAAAUGAAAAUAAGGAUGAUAUUGUGGCUUCUCCUGCUGGAGGCAGUUGCGGAUCUUGGGGGAGAGGGUGGGAUGUGUUUGGUGUCGGUGCUUUGGUGCGCCCCGAGUGCCCCCUGAUGAGAACAGGCAUUGCCAGCCCCUCCCAUGUGGCUCAGACCCAGCAGGAUGGGAUGGCUCCUUCCCACUGGAGUGAGCUCAUGGCUCUGCUGUGCCCCACAGAGCUGGCAGGACGUCGUGCCGGGUGUGCCCGGGGUGGCAGCCCUGUCCCACGGGAGGAGGAGCGCUCCUGGGCUCAGCUCCCGGGCUCCCGGCCCCGCCCGGGCCGCUGCAGCAGCUCCAGCUCCGUCCGCACCGAGGACUUCGCUGCCAGCUUUUGGGAGGCAAUGGUGGAGCCGCUGCUGUGCCAGCAGGAGCCUGCUGGGGCUGUCCCCACGGCAGGAGCUCAUCCUGGGCAGGACGAGCCCUUGUUCCCCACAGGGAGAAGCCUGGGCACGGCCACGGAGCCGGGCAGAGCCCCCCGGCAGGACAGGUCUCCAUCUCGGAGCAGCCUGGAGUCCCUGGGAGCGAGGAUCUCCUGCCUGAGCCAGAGCCAUGGGGGGGUGGCCUGGGGGGUCCCCUGGCCGGGCCCCCCUGCCCAGCCAGCCCUGGGCCACAGGGACUGGCCUGGGCGCUCCUGGAGAGCUGCAGGGAUCGCUGCUGGCAGGAGCAGGGCUGGGGCAAGGACAGGCUCUCCUGGCAGCAGUGCUCCCAGGGCCAGCAGGGCCACAACCAGGGGACAUCCCUCCCUGGGGCCACCAGCUCUCUGGGGACGUGCAGGGAAUGUCACCUUCACUGUGGCUGCCACGGACAGGGAAGGAGCCGCCAGCAGCAGGAGUGCUGGCACAGCCGUGGGAGCCCCCGGGCGAUGGGGGUCACCUGAGUCCCCAGGGCUGCGCGGGGACCAGAAAGGGGAAUUGCCCUGCAAGUGCUGGAUGCCAGGGGGUGGCGGGGCAGCCACUGCACUGGUCCCUGUGGAGGAGCCAGGAGGGGACACAAGAGCUGGGAUCUGGUGCCAAGCCCUGCAGCCAAGGGGACAGAGCCAGGACUGGCCUGGCACUGCUGGGACACACCCGGGACACCCAUCACUGGUGCCACACGGACCUGCAGAGGAUGGUGAGUCUUGGCAGGGGCAGGGAGCCCAUGUGGGCCAGAAGCAGCUGGACAAGGAGAGAAGGAAAACAGCAACUUCACAAGAAGAGAAACUGGAGCUGCUGGAGAGGCUGCGGGAGCUGGAGCGGGGCAGCUGCUCCCUGCUGCGGCAGCGGCUGCGGGUGCUGCACCGGCUGCACGGGCUGCUCCAGAGGGACCGCAACGAGACCCUGCGGCAGCUGCGGGAGGCGCUGGGGCAGGAGCGGCCCGGCUGCAGCGUCCGGCGGGAGCAUCUUCCGAGCCGCCCGCGGGACGCGGCGGGGCCGGGGCGGGCCGGGGGCUCCCCGGCCCUGGAGAGCCCCCCGGUGGCCCCGCGGGGACACGGCCCCCGCCCCGGCAGUGCCGUGGGAUCGGGCCCCUCGCCGGCAGCCCUCGGGUGCGUGCCGGGAGCUGCCCAGGGGGACAGGGGCGUCCCACUCGUGCGACCCUGUCCCUGCAGCUCAUCCCUGCCCUCCCCCAGCCGCGCUCUCCACGUCCUGCGGGGGCUCCGGCAGCAAAUCCAGCGGCGCCUCGGGCAGUGGCAGAAGCUGGAGGGAGCCCUGGGAGCCGCUGGACAGAGGAAGGAGGAGGGUGAGCAGAGGCAGCAGCCACAGAAGGCUCCAGCUCCAGGAGCCCCGAGGGAGCCCCUGAUCCAGAGACGGAGGGAACGCGCCCAUCCUGCCUCCUCCCCGUCCCUGAGCUCCCUCCCUGGGCUCGCCCAGCCCGGCCGGGGCUCCCCGGGGCUCCUGCAGCCCCUCCGGCACCGCUUCCAGGAGCUGCGGCUGGAGAAGACACCGAGCACGGGGAGCCCCCCUGUCCUGGGGGGACAACUGGGCACCAGGGGCAGCGAGGGACAGCCCGGGCCGGGGGCUCCUGCCGUGCCCCAGCCCCGCCGCUGACCCCAGGGCAGCCAGAGGGGCAGAGCUCCAGCGCGGAGCACAGUUCCUGCUGGGAACAGCCCUGAGUGGGGCUGUGGCCUCAGGCAGGGCCCACCACCAUCAACCCAUGCCUCCCAGGGCCGUUUGCCGAUCCUGGGGGAAUCAGGAGGGAUGGCCAUGGAAUCCCAGGAAGCCUCUGCGGAGGCUGCCUGGAUCAGGCUCGGGGCUCCCACAUCCUCUUCCCACCCUGCAGCUCCUCCUCUGCUCCCAUCUCCCACUCUGGGAUAGAGCAGGGACAGGCUGGAGGUGACAUUUCCUUUUCUGCUCCACCACGAGGACACCAGUUGGAUAUUUCAGAAAAACUCCAAGCAGAAAAGGAGGUGAAACAUUGACCCAGGCUGCCCAGGGCAGUGGUGGAAUCACCAUCCUGGAAGUGCCCAAAAAAUGGGUCCAUGUGGCACUUUGGGAUGGGGUUUAGUGGGAUUUGCUCCCAGGCUGGACUUGAUGAUCGUGGAGGUCUUUUCCAGCCUGAAUGAUUCCAUGAUUCUGAGUUUCCUACCUGCACACUGAGGUCCCAGCUAUGGAAUUCCAGCAGGCAGAACCAAGCUCCUGCAAAAUCCUCGAGAAGCACCAGGAGGUUGUGAGGGAUCCUGGAGCUGCCAAGUGCCCUUGGACCGGUGGGAUCUGCCCAGGGAGCCUGGCUGGGGUGGCUGACCGUGGGACAGAGAGGCUUGAUGGAAAACCUCAAGGGAAUUGCUCUGUCUGGAUGCUUUAAUUUAAUUUGGAAAAGGAGAAACCCAUUCCUCACUCUGGGCAGAUCUCCUUGGGUAGUGCUGGUUUUAAUUGGCAGGAGAACAUCCCAGGAACGUUUCUCCUUGUGAAAAGGGGGAAAUGGGAGUUUCCUGCAGGAUUUCAUUGCUGUGCCUUGUUCCAGGGGGAGGAGGGGAUGAGGAUUGAAGUAUCUGUGUGCUUCCUUUCCAAUGAAAAUAAA